UGUAAUAUAAUAAUUAUCUAAUAUAAAAUCUGUUUAUUUUUAUAAGAAACCUUUUAAAUUUGUGAAUAAAAUAAACAUGUUUAACGAUUUCAUAACAACGUUUUUGUUACAACAAUUAAUUGAUAUUUAACAUAACAUAUUGCAGAAAUAACAAUACAUGGCCUAUAGUUAAACAAAAAAAGUUUGCUUUAUUUUCUUUUUAACAAAAAAAGUGUAAUUAUUUUUUGUAAGAAAACAAAAUGGAAAACGAAAAAAUUUAUAAUAAUUACACAAACACCGCAACAACAGCACAAGAUACUAAUGAAGAUGAUGAUGAUGGGAAAGGUGAGAAAGAUGAUAAAGAUGAAAGUGAAUUCCCCCUAACAAAUGAACAGGAAAACGAAGAGGAAGAAAAAUUACCAGAACAACGAGAAGAUGACAAAGAUGACAAUGAAAUAGAUAUUGUUGUGAUUGAUGCUGACCACAAUGAACCUUCAGCAAUAGUAAACAAAAAUGUAAACAAAUCAACAGCUGUAGAAGAACACGAGGAAGAAGAAAUGCAAAAACUACUAGAAGAAGAACCGGCUAAAACUACUGAGAACUUAGACCAAAAUUUAAAUGACAACCAGGGGGAGGAAGACGAAGAAUCGACAACAUUUGAACCUCCCUAUACCGCUCCUUUGGCCCCCCUCGAUAUGGAACUCAUAGAGAGACUUAAUAGAGAAAGAGAAGCUAAACGUCAUUCUAGUUCAGCUGGUCGCAGAAGAGAUAGUCGCUCUCCCUGGACACGUAAAAGUGUGGAUAGUACGAAAACAGUUGCUGCUAUGUUUAUGGAAGGUGAACGUUUAAAUUUAGAUGCCGGUCGUCGUGCUCAUGAAUUUCAAACCAUAGUAGACGAUCUUACUCCAGCUGUUCAUGAUUCACAUAGAAAGCCGUCGUCGCUGUCAAUGACAAACGCUAAUACAGCUGAGAGUUUUUAUAUAGACAGUACAACAUCCACAUUACUUUUAUCAUCGGAUAACGAACCGUCGUCACAAACUGCUCAAAACGCACGUAUACACAAUUUUACAAAUCACAAUAAUCAUUACAACAAUAACAAUUGCAACAGCAAUAACAAUAGUCGGAAUCCUGCCACCACAACUACGUCUAUACCAAUGACGAAAUUAGCACCCUUUGAAGAUCCACCUGAAAUUGAAUUAAGUGCUCCAAAUGAUUAUUUCGAGAAACAUGAACCAAAUCCCUCAUUAUUCUUUGAUGAUGGUGUGAGAUCAAUUGAUUUUGUUUUAGUUUAUAAAAUCGAUCUACAACAUCAGGUGCUAGAGGAAGAUCAUGCUGAAAAGCGUAGAGUAUUUGAGGCCAAUUUGGAGGCAGAAGGUUUGGAAAUUGAGAGGGUUUGCAAGGAAAAGGAACAAAUCUAUUUCGUUAAGAUACAUGCCCCCUUGGAGGUAUUGAGGCGUUAUGCGGAAAUUUUAAAACUGCGUAUGCCCAUGAAAGAGUUAAUGUGCAACGUGAAAUAUUUAUCACAAACUAGUCGUCUACGUAAUGUAGUCAGUAAUUUAUCAAGAAAGAUACCCGGCAUGUCAGUAGUGAAUCGCUCCACCCGCAGUGUAUUUUCUAGUCUUAAAGGUAUUUUCACAUUUUUCAUGAAACAUAUUUAUGUGGAUGAACGUUAUUUUCCACGGCGCGCACAGCGUUUUACUGCCAUCUAUAGUCGUGAUAAGGAAUAUUUAUUUGAUAUACGUCAGGAUAAUUUUUUUACACCUGCUGUACGAUCGCGUAUUGUACAAUUCAUAUUGGAUCGUCAACGUUUUACACCGAAAAAUAAAGAUGAAAUGGCAUUUGGCAUAGAACGUUUAGUAACCUAUAAUGUCUAUUGCGCAGCCUAUCCUUUGCACGAUGGUGAAAUCUAUGAAAAAAACACGAUGCGUCAUACUUUAAGUACACACUGGGCUUCCAUUAGUAAAUGGUAUCGUUAUCAGCCUUUGGAUUAUGUUAAAGAAUAUUUUGGUGUUAAAAUCGGUUUAUAUUUUGCUUGGUUGGGUUUCUACACCUACAUGUUGAUGUUGGCUGCAGUGGUGGGUUUAAUAUGUUUUCUAUACUCUUUGCUUACUCUCAAGGAUUAUGUGCCCGUCCAGGAAAUCUGCUCAAAUACACAAACAAAUAUAACCAUGUGUCCUUUGUGUAAUUGGUGUAACUUUUGGGACCUGAAAGAGACUUGUUUCUAUGCCAAAAUUUCUUACUUAAUAGACAAUCCUAGUACGUUAUUCUUUACUGUCUUUAUGUCCUUUUGGGCUGCACUAUUUCUUGAACUAUGGAAACGUUAUUCUGCCGAAAUAACACAUCGUUGGGAUUUGACGGGCUUCGAUGUGCAUGAAGAACAUCCCAGGCCUCAGUAUUUAGCACGUUUACAACAUUUACCCAAUACUCGUACCGAUUAUGUGACAAAUAUGAAAGAACCUACUGUGCCCUUUUGGCGCAUGAAAUUUCCUGCCGCUGUUUUUAGCUUUUCGGUUGUAUUACUUUUAAUAGCCUUAGCUUUUGUGGCUUUGGUGGGUGUCGUUAUAUAUCGUGUCUCGAUGUUGGCCAUCCUGAAAGUGGGCGAUAGCCCAAUGAAUACCUCGAGUGCUAUAAUGUUGGCCUCUGCUUCGGCGGCCUUUCUGAAUUUGUGUUUCCUUUAUGUACUUAAUUAUUUAUACAAUCAUUUAGCCGAUUAUUUAACCGAAAAAGAAAUGUGGCGUACUCAAACCCAAUUUGACGAUUCGUUGACAUUAAAAAUAUAUCUGUUGCAAUUUGUUAACUACUAUGCUUCCAUAUUUUAUAUAGCCUUUUUUAAAGGCAAAUUUGUGGGUCAUCCAGCUAAAUAUCAUAAAAUUUUUGAUGAGCGACAAGAAGAGUGUUCCUCUGGAGGUUGUUUAACCGAACUGUGUAUCCAAUUGGCUAUUAUAAUGAUUGGCAAACAGGCCUUCAAUUCCAUCUUAGAAGUUAUAAUGCCCAAAAUAUGGCGUAAAAUUAUGGCUCUAAAAGUGGGUCUAACAAGAUGUUUUUCACCCAAAGAGGACAAGCAUCACAAAGACACUGAAAGAUGGUGGAGAGAUUUAAAAUUACUAGACUGGGGUCCCCGGUCAUUAUUUCCCGAAUAUUUAGAAAUGGUUUUACAAUAUGGUUUUGUAACCAUAUUUGUGGCUGCCUUUCCUCUAGCACCGUUUUUUGCUCUACUUAACAAUAUUCUAGAAAUGCGUUUAGACGCCAAUAAACUUUUAACCCAUCAUAGAAGGCCGGUGUCGCAGAGAGUCCGCGAUAUAGGCGUUUGGUAUCGCAUUCUAGAUUGUAUUGGUAAACUAAGUGUCAUAACAAAUGGUUUUAUUAUAGCCUUUACCUCUGACAUGAUUCCCAGAUGGGUUUAUCGUGGCUUAAAUUCGGAGGAUGGUUCCUUACAUGGUUACUUAAACUUUACUUUAUCAGAAUUCCGUACAAGUGAUUCAGAUUCAGAAUUACGCAGUUUAUCUAUUAAAUACAAUAUAACCUCUUGCAAAUAUACAGAUUUUCGUGAACCACCUACCUCACCGAAUAAAUAUUAUUUAAGUAGUACUUUUUAUAUAAUUUUGGCUUGUCGUUUAGGUUUUGUUGUGGUAUUUGAGAAUUUUGUGGCGUUGGUAAUGAUUUUAGUGCGAUGGUGCAUACCUGAUAUGAGUGUUGAGCUGAGAGAUCAAAUACGGCGUGAAGUGUAUAUAACGAAUGAAAUUAUUAUUGAACAAGAGGCCAGGAGGGCUAGAUUUGAACGUGCUAAACGUAGUUCUUCUGUGCGUUUACGAGAUUCCGAAUCCAAUACUCCCGAUAAUGCCAAUGACAGAUUUAUAAGAAUCGAACAGUUAUUGGCCUGUGAUUUAUCCCAGUCUCAAAUGGAUUUAAUAAUACAUGGUGAUAAUGCCGAUACUGGCAUUCAAGGAGAAAAUUGCUAAAGCUUUAUUUGUUUUACAAACAUAAUUACUUACUUUAAGCUCGAAAGACUUGUUUUUAGUUACUAUAAACAUAAGAACAUAGAACAUCAUUUAAAGAAAAUAAUCAUCGAAUAUUUAUUUUUAUAUAUUUAAAAUAUUUUUGUUUUAAACAUUUUUGUUAUUGCAUUUUUAAAAAGCUUUUUUCUGGUAGAAAAGUAAAAGAAUCAAAGGAACUUAAAAUAAUCGUUAGCAGGUGCAAUAUAAAUUUUUGUAUUAAGCUCUCUGAUCCUAAAGUUAUUAUAUUAAUUAAGCUUAAAUUCAUUUGUUAUGUUUUAUUAUUUUGUAAAUCAAAAGUCUUAUAAUAAUUUUUUUUUGCCCAAUUGACAAUUAUGAUAUUAUUCUCACGAUUUAUGUAUGUUCUCACUUAUAUUUUUAUUUUGUUUUUAUUAUACAUUUACAUAAAUAAAUAAUUUCAAUAUACAUACAUACUUAGCUAAUAAAAAUAUACGUACAUAUAAAUAUCCAUAUAUAAUUGUUGUAAACUGUGGUGCCAAUAUUUCCUUAAUGAAUCAAGUAGUGCACAAAUAUCUUUACUAUUUUAAUUAGUAAACGAUUUAAAGCCUUAAUUUAUUUCUUCUUUAUAGGAAAAAGUAUAAAAUAUAAAAGAUUACUGCGGUAAAUCAUAGCAAUCUCUUCAAGGACUUUAACAAGAAUAUAUAUUUUUCUAUAAAUAUAAAACUAUUCAUUAAAUAAUAAACGAAAUUUGUAUAAAAUUUAUAUUUUUCUAUGCAGAGAAAUCUAAUUUGUUUUAUAAGUUUAUCUUUGGGUUAAAAAUAAUUCUUGUUUUAUUUUUAAGUUUAUAAAAAAUAACUUUUGUAUUUAACUUAUUAUGUAAACAACUUUGUGUUUGUAUGAAAAUUGUAUGUUGAAAAGAGUUAUUAAAAUAUGAGUGUUUGUUUUUAGUUCCUAAAUUAA